CUUUGUUCUUGUUGACUUAUAACUGUGCACUUCCCACUCAGUUUAGUGUUGUUCUUGUCGCCAUCUUGUUAAGUGGUUUAGUUCUUUAUUCUGUAUUUAAGCAAACUGGGACCAAUGCGGUUCCUUCUUACUUUUACGUAGCUCUUGAGUUAUGUUAUUUUUUAGUACGGAACUUUCUAGUGUUUAAAAUACUAUCAAAUCCAAUAUACUAGUAAUCUUACUGUUGUGAGUCAAUUCUAGUCAGAAUGAUGAAGACGGCAAAAACUUAUGAUGCGAUGAGAAACGACUUUAUGGAGGCUGUCAGAAUCAGUAUGAAGAGUGAUGUGGGGCCCAUCCAGAAGGUGUACGACUCCUUGCAGGAGUUGGACGGUGACAAGCGCACAGCCUUGGACCAGGGGUUCCGGGACUAUCUGCUGCUCCUGCUGGGAAAGCCUCAGGAGACCCAGGUGUGGGAGAGGUUCCUGAGCCUUUGUGUGGAGGCCUGCCGCAGAGAGAUGGCCACGGUCACAAUGCCAGUAGUCCUGCUGGGGGACAUCUUUGACUGUCUCACGCUGGACCGGUGCGAGCAACUCUUCACCUUCGUGGAGAACGGGGUGAGCAUCUGGAAGGAAGAGUUGUUUUUCACCGCCUGCAAGAACAAUCUGCUCCGGAUGUGCAACGAUUUGCUGAGACGACUGUCCCGGUCACAGAACACAGUAUUCUGCGGAAGAAUUCUGCUGUUCCUCGCAAAGUUUUUUCCAUUUUCAGAGCGAUCAGGCUUGAAUAUUGUGAGUGAGUUCAACAUAGACAACAUAACCGAGUUCAGCAAUGACGAAGCAGUGGAUACUACAAAGGAGGCUGUGGAGAAAAUGGAUGAAUCUAUGGACGAAGGAAAUGCAGACAAGAUUAGAAUUGACUACAGUCUCUACUCCAAGUUUUGGGCUUUGCAGAACUUUUUCCGCAAUCCCCUCCUGGUGUACAAUAAAGUUCAGUGGAAAAUCUUUACCAACCAUACAGAUAGUGUAACCUCAGCAUUCAAGAGCUGGAAGUUGGAAGGGGUCCAGAACAAGAAGCUGGUGACAGCCGAGCAGAUGGUGACAGAGACCAUGGACAGAGAACACUACUUCGCCAAGUUCUUAACCAAUCAGAAACUGCUGGAACUGCAACUGAGCGACAUCAACUUCCGUCGCUACGUCCUCGUCCAGUUCCUGAUCCUCUUCCAGUACUUGAAUGCCACUGUCAAGUUCAAGAAUGAAAACCAGGAGUUAAGACCGAACGAAUCCGAAUGGGUGAAAGAUACCACGGAUCAGGUGUACAGUCUGCUCAGAGAGACCCCACCUGAUGGUGAGACCUUUGCCAAGACUGUACAACAUGUUUUGAAGAGAGAAGAAUCCUGGAACAACUGGAAAAAUGAGGGUUGUCCCGAACUGCAUAAGCCGGCGACCCCAGCAGAAGAGGCAACCGAAGAUGACAAACGGCAGAAUUCCAAAAUCCCAAAACGACCAAAGAAGCGUAUUGGCACGAUAAUCAAGGAGGCUCAAGCUCAGAAAAAGUUCAUGAUGGGAAAUCCGGAGUUGACCAGACUGUGGAACUACAUGCCCGAUAACCUGGAGGCCUGCCGGGCACCGGAGCGGAACUUCCUCAUGUCUCUAGAGGAUUAUUUCAAGGAUGCCAUCGAACAGCUGGAUCCUGCAGCCAUGGUCGAGGAUCAGUACAAGGUUGUGAACGAUGGCAACUUCGGGUGGCGUGCCCUGAGGCUCCUGGCACUUCAGUCUUCACACUUCUUCACCCACAGCAACAACCCCAUCAACAAGUUGCCGGAAUAUCUGGAGGCCAUGAUCAAGAAAAUUGCUAAAGAACGACCCAUUAUGCUGCCGAGUGGAGAGAAGCAAGAACCAUUAGACGUGGCCGAAUCGAACACAGUUCUGGUAAAUGAGACAGAAGCAAUGGCGGAAGAAGAAGAUGAACUCUUGAAAUCUGAUGAGAAGCGAGAUGAAAUGGGUUCAGAGGAGCAACCUGAAACUCCGGAAGCAAGCCAGAAUGCACCGGGAAUUGCAGCGCACAUUAUGGAUGCUGUAGCGAAGAACAUAGACGCACAGUGGCGAGAACUGGCCGAGAAAAUGGGCUUCACAGACACGAUCCAGUACAUUGAGGGAUCCCUGCAGAGUGACCUUGAACGUGCGCGGUAUGUCGUUCAGUUGUGGGCCGAGGACGAUCUCGACAACAGCGCAGAGCAGCUGGCUAAGUCUCUAGAGGCCCACGGGUUUCCCAAGGCUGCCGCUGUCGUCAAACAAUCUUUAUAAUUGCUUCGAGUGAAUAAAUGUGUUUUCUACUA